CCCACAGGCAGAUCUGUUCUCAGCAAUCAAUAAAAUUUCCGAUCGCUAUUACCUUCUGAUAGAACGGUUUAUGAGUAUUUGAUGAGGCAGGUGAUAUAUGGUGAUCUUACAUUUCGACAGGCAAAAUGCUUUGAUGCUUAUAACCAUUGUCUGAAAGAAGUGUUUUACAAAGUUGCGUAAAAGCAGUUGUUUGUGCGUUGUUUUAACUUUAAUAACAUUCAGGGUGGAUUUUAUGUAUGACAAAAUGUUUUGAAAGUUCUGUGGAUUAUUUUCUGUUCUCUAGACUUCGGAUAUUUGGAACCUUAAAACCUUUUUUUAUUAAAACAAGUAAUAGAUUUUCACUUAGAAUAUAAUGCUUAUCAUCUAUUUGCUGGACUUGGAACACUGUCAUUUUUAACGUCAUUCAAAGGAAUAUAUGUACUGAAUACAGCUAAAACACGACAUGCAAAAGGAAGAAGAGUCAAAAUCCGGAACAAACCUGACAGAGGAAGAAAUACAAGAAUUCCGCGAAGCAUUCAACAUAUUUGAUCGCGAUGGAAGCGGUUCGAUAACGGCGAAAGAGUUAGCCAUAGCAAUGAGGUCACUUGGCAAGAACCCGACAGAUGAGGAGCUGGAACGCAUGAUGACGGAGGUGGAUGUUGAUGGAAACGGUGAACUAGAUUUUGACGAGUUCUGUGAUUUAAUGUCCCGCAACAAGAAGGACGUAACCAGUCACAAGGCAAUAGAAGAAGCCUUCAAAGUUUUUGACAAAGAAGGAAAAGGAAGCAUACCCAGAGAAUAUUUCCGGCACAUAAUGACGACUAUGGGAGAACGACUAACAGACGAAGAGGUGGAUGAAAUGCUGGACGAAGCUGAUGCUGAUGGGGACGGCGAAAUUGACAUUCUUGAAUUCACCUCAAUGAUAUCACAAUCAUAGCUGCUUGCCAGCGUGCCACCCAUCACUGAAAACCAUCGUGAAAUUAAAACUGUUCUGCAAUAAAGUUAGAUGCCAUGAUGACCUGAAGCAAGCAUCUUGCACUUUUGAAUGAAAACACUUAUCAGGAGCUAUUUGGAAAAAUGAACAUGGGACCAAACAGUCUUUUAAGUUUUAUGCACCUCGGAGCAUCUAAGUGUUCAAUGAUUCGGAGAUUUUAUUAAUUAUUUGGAUGUAUUACAUGAACUUAAAAAGAUAUUGUUAUCAACCCAUAACUGUUGUUUUAGACAUACAAUCAAUUCUUGAAUAGGUACUCGCGAAACUACCCUCAGUAAGUGUAUAGCCUCAUUUCAAUAAAUGCUAGUCGUGUAUGUUGUUACUGUCCCUGUCAAAGGGUACAAAUAACCGUUUACUUUCACAUUAAGAUGGCGCAUAUUUUAUUUUAAAGAUGGCGCAUUUUCAUUUUCAUUGCAUUGACUUUCACCUAUAUCCAUUAUCUACAAGUUAUGUAUGAUUGAACUUGUGGUUGUUUUUGAGUAAAUUUAUAUUAAUCUAA